AUGGCUGACCCUAGGCAAACAGCACAUGACAUGUUCCAGUUUGCCCUUGCUUCCGGUUCUGCGCGAGAUUCUGCGGACAUGGUACGUGCUCGAAAUCCGGGUGAUGUCGUAGAUUACGACGGCGACGAGGGCAACGAGGCCUGGCGCCUCUGGGAUAGACCCGCUCCGACUUCCUCUCCUAAAGGUAAUUUGACUUCCUCAGAAGAUUCGCAAGUCUCAGAUGAGGAUGAUUACGAUGGUGAGGUCGCCUGGGCCCAACACCAACUCUAUUUCUCCCAGCAGGCUCGUCUCAUCGGCUUCAAUAACGGUGAGUCUGGCAACAAUGAUGGCGUUCCCAUGUUCUCUGAUGACUGCUUCGCAGUGGACGGUGGCGCUGACGUUGUUGUUGGCGUUCGUGAGGAUGAUGAAGAAGGUGAGGAUGCCUCACAAGUCACACCCUGGCGUGGGCCUCUGCCUCCGCCACGACGCCGAUAUCGUAAGUCUGUGAUACCCGCGCGUCAGUCCCUGCUUAUCCUCGCUUUACAAAACUCGCGCAAACAGAGCGAGAAGAUGCACCUCAAGCACAAAAACGACAAGCACCCCAAAGCUACGAAACUCAAGCUGCAAACACUGUUGGAGAACCGAGUCCUGGGGCCGCAUCGGGCUACGUCGAUGGGCCUGGCGCUGCAAAAGGGCGAGGACAAUCGAGUGUACAGUAGUAGCGAUCGCGACCACGUGAUGAAGGACACAUAUGACUAUCGAGUGCUUGCGAUUGCUCAGGCGCGCCGAGAGCGGUCGAAAAUUGAAGAGCCUCUUUCAAAGAUGGGCGAAGGAGUGUAUGAGUUGUGA